AUGAAGCUGCUCACAUCGCGGGCGUUGAUGCUCGGAGGGCUUGUCGCUACUCCGCAAAUGGUAGCUGCUUUCGCGCAGGGCGACGCAGAUGCCAUGUUCGAUGCUUUCAACACCGCCCUUCUGACAACAUCUGGCUCUGACGUCUUUUAUAAGAAGUCGUUGGAUUCAGGGGAUCCCGACGGGUCAUGGUCCGGGUCGCUCGAUAUCCUCGCAGCCGAGGACGCCUAUGAGCGAACCGGAGACCCAGACACGAAGAACUUGGUGUACAACCUGUUGACUACGUGGCUGAAUAAAAACCCGCCACCGUGGGACUGGGAUGGCUGGAAUGACGAUAUUGGCUGGUUCACCCUGGCACUCAGUCGUGGGUAUUUGAUAACCCGCACCGAUGACUUCCUCACCCAGGCAGAAUACGGCUUCAACUAUGCGUUUGGCCGCGGCUGGGAUACGCAAUACAAUGGCGGUGGCAUUUGGGAGGAAAACCCGGAAUACAUCAGUGAGCUCCCAACAAAGGAGGCUCUGUCUACCGACAGUCUCGGCAAGGUGUCCUGUCUUCUCUAUAAGGGCACGCACAAUGGAACCUAUUUGGAUACGUGCAAGAUGAUUUAUGCCUGGACCCGGUCCACUCUCUUCAACGCCGAUACUGGCGAGCUAUAUACGGGUGUCAACGAGACUGGAUAUGUCAAUACUGCAUCAGCAGCCUACAACCAGGGCACAUUUCUGGACUUUGCCAAUCUCCUCUACGGAAUCACCCUCGACAACUCCUAUUAUGACGAUGCGAAGUUAGCCCUCGACUUUGGCAAAAACAGCCUCACCGUCAAUGGUAUUUUCAGCAACAGUGCUAGUUAUCUGAACACCUGGGCGGAUGAGAUGGCGCGCGGCGUUGGGAACUUUGUGCGCGAUAACCGACUGUGGGGGGAUUAUUACACAUGGAUGGUGCAAAAUGCAGAUUCGAUUCUCCAGAACCGACGGACUGACCGGAACAUCACUUGGAAUGCAUGGGAUCAAGCCACACCGGAAGACGACACACUGAUCGCAAACCAAUUCGCCAGCGCAGUGGCCUGGCUCCAGUACACGCCUGUAACCAAGCCCGGCGAGAUUGGAGGCAUCCGUUCCUUCGUCAACAAUAAGACUGGUCUGGCAAUCGACAACGGCGGUACCUAUGGCAAUGGCAACCCGGUUAGCCAGUGGGGACUCAAUCCUUCGCUCAACCAGAAAUGGCAGCUCACCCAAAACUCGGACGAUUCCUGGAACUUUCUCAGCCUUUCAACUUGGCUGUCGCUGGACUGCCCCGGCGGAAGCGAUGAGGAUGGCCUUCAAAUGAUUGAAUGGGAAACUAACCGUGAUUCCAACCAGCGCUGGGUGCUUACCCAGCAGUCGGACGGCACCUAUAAAAUCGAGAACCAGCAGACUGGUAAGGUCUUGGAUGGCGGUUCGAACUCAACCGACGGCGCUCCAUUGCUUCAGAAUGAUUGGAACUCCGGGGCUGAACAGCGGUGGAUUCUUUGGUAG